AUGGCUUCCAAGCGGCGGUUGCUAAUCGUCGCCGUCGUUGUCCUAUUUGCGGCGGUGGCGGCGCUAGCCAUCGCCGCUGACCUCGUGGUCGAGGACGGCAAGGGCUGGGACCUAGAUGUCGACUACGACGAGUGGGUCGAUGGCAACGAGUUCUUCGUCGGCAACAGGUUGGCCUUGUUCAAGUACAUCAAGGGCAACCACUCGGUGGUGGAGGCGACGGCGGCGGGCUUCGCGGCUUGCAGCGCCGCCAACAGCCUCGCAACGUGGGCCUCCGGCGACGACAGGGUCCCCCUCAGCGCGCCGGGGCAGCGGUGGUUCUUCAGCGGGGUGGGCAAGGACUGCGUUCAGGGCAUGAGGUUCAACUUCACCGUCCUCCCGGUCGUCAAGCUCUCCCCCUCACCCUCCUCGUCACUGCCGCCGCCGCCGUCGUCCUCGAGCGCUCCCCGCAGCAGCGGUGGCAGCGGCCUCGCUCCUGUUCUAGGCAUCGCGUUCAACUGGGUUACAAAUUGA